AAUGACGAGACCGUGAAUUACACUGGAGUAAGUUUUUCUUACCCUACAAGAUCUCUAGUUACUGUACUGAAUUCGUUGAACCUUUCCAUUCCUAAGGGCAAGACGGUAGCUCUGGUUGGCCCCAGUGGUUGUGGAAAAUCGACCAUUUUGCAAUUAUUAGAAAGAUUCUACGACCCGACAGAAGGAAAAGUAGUAGUUGAUGGAAAAGACAUCAAAAUAAUGGAUUUGAAUACUCUCAGAUCACAACUUGGUAUCGUCUCCCAAGAACCUAACCUCUUCGACAGAACCAUUGCCGAAAAUAUAGCUUAUGGCGUGAAUCACAAGGAUGCUACCAUUGAUGAAAUAAUCACUGCAGCUAAGUCCGCCAAUAUACAUAAUUUCAUUACGUGUCUGCCACAGGCAUAUGACACAAGGCUGGGAUCCAAAGGAACUCAACUUUCGGGUGGGCAGAAACAAAGAGUGGCUAUUGCACGUGCUUUGAUCAGGAAACCAAAAAUCUUGUUAUUAGACGAAGCAACAUCUGCAUUGGAUAAUGAAAGUGAGAAGGUCGUGCAAGAAGCUCUCAAUAACGCUAAGAAAGACCGAACCUGCAUAAUAAUCGCUCAUAGACUCACAACUAUACAGGAUGCCGAUAUCAUAUGUGUCAUGAAAGAAGGUUCUGUUGUUGAAAUUGGUACGCACUUGGAACUCCUGGAAAGAAGAGGACUGUACCAUAAAUUCUAUUCUUUACAGAGCGGUCAAAGAUGAAAGUU